UUUGCCACUCAGUUCCUACCGUGGACACUUUCUGCCUUAGAAUCAGGUCACGAGAUUCACGCACACUUUUGAAAUCCACUCACAUCUUUGCUUCAACAUGGGGUCCACUGGGGUUGCUGUUGUCAUGGUGACGGUGAUGAUGAUAGUGCAUGCGGACAUCAAGCCACAGAAGGACUUCAACUUGCAAAGAUUUGGAGGCAGGUGGUACCGAGUGGGCCUGGCCUACGACUCUCCAUCAUUCCUCCCUCUCAGACCUCUGCUGACCGCUUCUAUGGGCAUUGUCACCCCACUGCCCAAUGGCAGCGUCAACCUCACCAUGUGGGAGCAAACUCCUGUUGGCUGUUUGACCAAGAUGUAUCAUUAUGAAGCGGGCAGCGUGCCAGGGCAGUUCAGUUACUUCAGCUUACGUCACAAUAUAGUGAAGGAUAUAACAGUAGUGGACACUAAUUACACUGAAUAUGCCAUAGUCCUGAAGAAUAAAGUGUUUAAUCGGGAGUACACCCAAGUGGCCCUGUAUGCUCGUAGUUUGAAAGUGAAAAAUGAAGUGUAUCAGAAGUACAAAGCCUUUGCCCUGUCGCGCCACCUCCCCAGAGACUCGAUCAUGACUCCUCCUCCAGCUGAGAACUGUCCAGUUAAUGGACACUAACUGGGUCUCUUUAACUAUAAGUUGGAUGCAUAAAACUAUGUUUUGCCUUCUGUGUAGUAGUUCAUUUCUCAAAUUUUCCAGUUCUUAAUUAACCUUUUGUCAAACAGGUCAAAUAAAUAAACAUACACUAAUAAAAUG